AGACACUAUCACAACGGCGAGGACGAGACUCUUUAAUUCUUUCCACAUCCGCCACUCACAUUUUAUUUCAUCUGGAGGUUCUGAAACUUCUUACAACGCACAAUGAGCUACAACUAACUCCUUAAAAAACACUCACCAAGAAGAUGGGUUGUUGUUGCGCCAAGCCCGACCAAGGGCUGCUUCGACAGCUGAAAGAAACCUCGCAAACCUUUGCGGAGGAUCCGGGUGCUCCUGGACUCUGCUUAGUGGCGAAAGGUUCGCCUUAUCAAUUGGUCUUUGCAAAUGCGUUGUUAUGGUUCUGACAAGUUGUUAGUGCCUUUUUCGGCGUUUUCAUAGUCGUGAAUGCUCACCUCCUCGAGGCGAGCCAGCUCCUAUCCCUAUCCCUAUCCAACACAUGUAAUGAUUACAUCCACACUUUUGUCCAUGAUCUAAUUUUUGAACUGCAGCAAAGCGCAGCUUCCAGUGUAGGGCGAGACCCUGCAGCAGCUCGCAGCGUGCCGCUCACCUGCAGCAUUGGCAGACCAGGGGCAGGAGAGUUCGAUUACGGCCAUCAACAAUAGAGUUGUAUUCCUUAGUCUUAAGAAAGCGAUUAGAUGACAGGUAAAACUGCGGACGGCGGACACCCUCCUAAUCCUAAUCCAAGAUGGCCACAUGAUCUAAAAGCAGCACGUACAAAAGCAACAUCGAUGUAAGUACUACUUUACUCUUCAUCCAGCUCGCUUUCUUCUAAUCCCAACUCAUUCAGAAGAGAACGCAUGGCCCUUACUGGGUUUUUGAAUGUCACUGGUGGGUAUCUGACCUGGGACUUUCGUCACCCUCUGGAGCCUUGCCGACGCUCGCUGCGCCCAAUCAGUACGUUAUGAUAAAAGUAGUCGCAAGAAGAUGAAGUCUUGAAAUUGCUGAAUCACAACCUGCUGCUUUUUUACAUCAACACGAAAUAGAAGUACUUACUUCAAGGACUACAGAGAACAGCUCGUCGUCGUCCUUCAAAUAGAACAAAAUAACGAUUCAAUAUACUUUGUUUCUCAUCUUCCUCGUCUGAGACUCUAAGCACAGUGUACCAGGAGCAUCAGUAGCGCGUCCUGGGAGGAGUGUUGGCAUGACAAUGGACUCGGAAGGUUUUCUCACACGUAAAGAAGAUAUGGCCGUCCUAAACGUUUCCGAGUGGCAAUUCAAAAUCGGAAAGCGCGUCGAGCUCAUUCGGGAGACCAGUGACGUGAACCCGAUGGGAAAGACACGAAAAGGUCACGGUAAACCUGGCGGUCGUGCAUGGAUUGUGAACACUGCUGCUGUUGGAAUGGUUGCAGGAAUGUAUAGCAACAUGGGUAUUUACUGAUACAUCAGGAUCGGUUUGAAUGAGUAUCGGAUAUACUUGAUAUGCCAGGCCUCGUCGACUACAACGUGCUACUUCGAGAACAGAACGGACCAAGACAAAGUACUAUGUUGAGACUUGUUUAUUUUUUACGUAAAAAGUACAACAUCAACAUCCAUCAAAUCCAACUUGUUUCUCCAAUAAAUCGACACCACAACAGGCACUAACACUCUCUCGCCUCGCGAAGCACCCCAUUUGGUUGUUGGUGUUCAAACUCCGGAUGUGACCUUAGUCCCACGUGGGUCUGCCGAUGGGUUUCAGUUUGAAGCCCUACAGACGGCGCGGAAGAGUGGUGGCAUCAUCACAGGAGGAGCAUGCUUUCGCAUGGUAUCAUCGACAAUAUCGGGAAGAUUUUCUGGCUAUGCGGUCGUUGGAAGGCAAAAUCCGCCUGACUAUUACGCAGCAGCGGAAGCACAUUUUCAACACUUUAAGGCUAGUCAGCCUCAGCUACAACUAUCUGGCGUGUGGUAUCUUUAGCGGAUCUCUUCUGAUUUCAACGGGAAUCCAAAGAGGAAACUGAAGGAAUCAACUACUCACUCAAGAAGGGAUAGGUAUUGACUUCUGCUAAACAUUGUUGCGUUGGUUUUGCAGAUGCUGACGCGGCUAACGUCCUGAGCAUCCGGCUCGACCACGCAGGACAACACAAUGGGAGAUUAUGAUGCAAAAAUGGAAGGACGACGAUAACUACUGUCUUUACACUUACAAAUUUCGUGAAGGAAAUAGUGCUCCCAACUGCAACAUUCGAGGAUACAAGAAACUCUAGUUGAAGAUUCGAUCACUAUCUGCACCUGACGUCCCAUUCUCUCCUCUCCGCCUCUAACUCAACCGACUUACUUCCUCUGCUCGGAUAGUCCGGUCACAGGAGGCUUCAUUUUGGACGUACCAUUCGACAAACGACAGGUGGGAACGAGCGACAUGCCGAUCGCACUCGUCAAGAGCCCACAGGGCUGGUGGCGGAAACCAGAGAACAAGGCUGAGGUGUGGAUAGUCAACGAAGACGACGGCUCCAUCUCACCAGCCCACUCGCCUGAACUCGUACUCGGCAUAAGGCCAGGGAAUGCUUUAGUGCCACUAGCUGAUCUUGGUGGAGCAGGUGGGAAAGUUCAAAGCAGCACUAUCGAAACAGGUCUACCUGGAAGUGGUGACGGUCUCAAUUUCAGCAUCAACAAUAUCGAACUUGGACUAAACACCGGAACAAUGGGUUGGGGUCAAACGAAUGCCAUGAGCAGUGAGGCUCUGAAUGCUGAUCCGGCAUCGAUAAGCAUAGGCUAUACAUAGUACAUGAGAAGAUCAUGGCUCCAGACCCGACGCCUCAGGAACGACGGUGUAGGUGUACAGUGCUGUUUCCUAAAAUCGAGUUCGUUUUUUUUUUGUGGAAAGUCAUGACAAAUUGAUUCAACAUUGUUGACCUGGCACUGGCUUGGCUUUAAAGAAAAAGUCGGAAACUUCUACUCACGACUGUUACAAUGAACACUAAGAAAAUGUAGAGACACAUGAAUUAUAGAUCAUCUGCAUUUCUACUUACGGGAUUCCCAACCCGAUCAUGUAAGUUGUACUCCAAAACUCAACAUGGUUCAAAAAAGUUUUUUGCAAAGACAUGGUGGAAAAGGGUGCAAGGUUACAUUAAAUGUAUAGCCAGCCUGCAAUUUCGUGCAGCAACUGGGCAGGAGCAAAAAUACAACUGUGAAGAUGG